AUGCUCUUCAACGCCGCCUCCAUUCUCGCCUUUGCGGCCACGGCCACGGCCGCCGCCGUCCGCAGGGCUGAUUACGGCUCCUGGGAUUUCUCUGGAUUUGUCUCCUUCCCCGCUAGCGGCUACCUCUCCUACGGCGUCGACGCAACGUACACAAACAGCCAGCUCGCUGCACCGAUUGAGGUGACAUGCAGCUAUCUUUACAACCCACAGACAAAGACCGAGACCGCGUCAUGCUCUGACCCAAGCUUCACCUAUGAUUUCGGUGGCGUCCGUAAGUCACGACCUGAAGUCAUCUUUAUCAGCAUGGCCAACACCGUCUCGACCGUGACCUUGACGCAAACUAUCGAGUUAGAUGGAAGCGCAGUCACCGUGACUGGCGCGCAGGAGUUUGAUUGGGACUUCAGCAGCGGCUCCGGGCGGUCUGGAAGUGCCAAGGGACUCAUUGUGGCUCAGACUGCUACCGCUUGA